AUGAAGCUCGACGAAUUAAAUUUCAAGAAAAUUGCUAUAAUCUGUGCUUGUACCUUAGUUGGCGGAUUAGUGUUUAGCUUUGGGAUAUUUCCAGUGAUUCUCAAAUUUAUGGUGAAACAGAACGUGUUGCUGAAACCGGGUACCCAGAUGCGAGGCAUGUUCGAAGAACUUCCGUUUCCCCUUGAUUUCAAGUUGUACCUGUUCGAUGUGAUCAAUCCGGACGAAGUCAUGCAGGGCGGUAAGCCUCACGUGCGGGAGAUAGGUCCUUAUUAUUUCGAGGAAUGGAAGGUGAAGUACGACACCGAGGACAACAUCGAGGACGACACGCUGACUUUCACGCUACGGAAUACCUGGAUUUUUCGGCCGGACGUGUCCGCCCCUCUAACGGGAGACGAGAUCAUUACCAUUCCCCAUCCAUUGGUUUUGGGAGCUUUGCUGAUGGUCCAGCGAGAUCGGGAAGCGAUGAUGCCACUGGUGUCAAAAGGGAUGAACAUUAUUAUGGAUCCAUUGACGACGGGCUUUCUGACGACUCGAGUUAUGGAUCUGCUGUUUGACGGAAUUUAUAUCGAUUGCAGCAGCCACGAAUUUUCAGCAAAGGCGCUUUGUUCGGGAUUGGAAUCGGAAGGAGCAGUGUCGCCUUACAAUGAGACUCAUUUCGUGUUUUCGCUGUUUGGGAUUAGAAACGCAACUGAUGCUGGUCGGUGGUCAGUGUAUCGAGGGGUCAAGAAUAUAAAGGAUCUAGGACGGGUAGUGACUUAUAAUGAUGAAACCGAAAUGGAUAUGUACGAUGGUGACGAGUGUAAUAAAUUUGUGGGAACGGAUUCGACCAUUUUUCCUCCAUUCCUGACAACUAAGGAUAAGCUGUGGGCUUGGUCACCGGAAAUUUGUCGCUCGAUGGGAGCGUACUAUUUCGGCAAAUCCAAAUACGCCGGUCUGCCGAUGAGUUUCUUCAAGUUGGAUUUCGGUGAUUUGAAGAACGAACCGGAACACCACUGCUUUUGUCGAGAUCCGCCGGACGACUGUCCACCGAAGGGAACAAUGGAUUUGAGCCCCUGCUUGGGGGCACCUUUCAUCGGUUCGAAACCGCAUUUCUACGAUGCUGAUCCGGCACUGUUGGCUGCCGUUGAUGGACUGACGCCCAAUGAGAAGGACCACGACAUGUACAUCCAUUUUGAGUUGCUUUCAGGAACGCCUGUUUCGGCUGCCAAGCGUUUACAGUUCAGUAUGGAACUUGAACCAGUUCGGGAUCAUCCGGUGCUCGGAAAUCUUCCGAAUGUUAUUUUGCCAUUGUUCUGGGCCGAAGAAGGUGCAUCGCUCAACAAGACCUGGACCAACCAGCUCAAAUAUCAGCUGUUUCUCGGCCUCAAGUUCAACGCCACCGUCAAAUGGUUGACAAUUAUCAUCGGAACAUUUGGAACCAUCGCUGCCACGUUUAUGCACUUCAAGCAUGCGUCCAAAACGGGAAACGUUACUCCGGUCGAAGCCGUCACAAAUGGUUCCGCCAAGGGAAACGGAUCCGGUGGCAUGGGGACUAACAACAGAAACAGCUCGCCCAUACGGCCAGUCAUCCCGACCACGAAGGAUUUGGUCAGUAUCAACAAUGGGCGCAACUUGCCAAGCGUCAUCGGCGGUUUGGAAAAUCCGCAUAAGGUGAUGCUGACCGAAAUGCAGCAGGAACGAUACAAAAUGUCACAUGCGAUGUUGAACGUGAUAAAGAAGAAACUUAGCAAAAUGAAAAUGGACGAUAUGAACUUCAAGAAGAUUGCCAUAAUUUGUGCCUGUAUAUUGAUUGGUGGGAUGUUGUUUAGCCUUUGGAUGUUUCCGGCGCUGCUUAAGUCCAUGAUCAGAAAGAAUUUGAUGCUGAAACCGGGGUCCCCAACGCGUGCCAUGUUUGAGAAAAUUCCAUUUCCCCUCGAUUUUAAGUUGUACUUGUUCCACGUGACCAACCCGGAUGUUGUGAUGAAGGGCGGAAAACCUCACGUGCGCGAGAUGGGCCCGUACGUUUUUGAAGAGUGGAAAGAGAAAUACGAUACCGAAGACAACGAACAGGAAGACACGAUGACUUUCACUCUGAAAAAUACCUGGAUCUUCCGGCCGGACCUCACCGCGCCUCUGACGGGGGACGAAAUGAUCACCAUUCCGCAUCCGCUGGUUUUGGGUGCACUGUUGAUGGUUCAACGCGAUCGAGAACCCAUGAUGCCGUUAGUCACCAAGGCGUUGGAAAUCAUUAUGGAUCCACUGACUUCGGGCUUUUUGACGACCCGUGUAAUGGAUCUGCUGUUUGAUGGCAUUCUGAUUGAUUGCAGCAGCGAAGAAUUUGCUGCGCAAGCACUCUGCUCGGGGUUGGAGUCGGAGGGAGCCGUAAUGCCCCACAAUGAGACCCACUUUAAAUUUUCGAUGUUUGGAUUGAGAAAUGGAACUGCUGUUGGUCGAUUUAUGGUGUAUCGAGGGGUUAAGAAUAUAAUGGACAUAGGGCGCGUAAUCACCUUCAACGAUGAAACUGAAAUGGACAUCUACGAUGGCGACGAGUGCAAUAAGUAUGUCGGAACCGAUUCGACCAUCUUUCCGCCAUUUUUGACAAAGAAGGAUCAGCUGUGGGCUUGGUCGCCGGAUAUAUGCCGCUCAUUGGGAGCGUUCUACGCCGGUAAAUCCAAAUAUGCCGGUCUGCCGAUGAGUUUUUUCAAGAUGGAUUUUGGCGAUGCGAAGAAUGACCCGAAGCAACACUGUUUCUGCCGUAAUCCACCAGAUGGUUGCCCACCGAAAGGAACGAUUGAUUUGAGUGCCUGCGUAGGAGCACCGUUCAUCGGUUCUAAGCCACAUUUCUUUGAUGCGGAUCCGAAGUUAGCAGCUGCGGUUGAUGGACUAAAUCCCAACGAAAAGGAUCACGACAUAUACAUCCAUUUCCACUUGGUAAGGUUGCGGUAUCAGUUAUGGAUGUAGUUCUAAAUUACGUAUUUUGUUUCUUUUCUUCAGCUCUCGGGUACCCCAGUAUCGGCUGCCAAACGUUUGCAGUUCAGCAUGGAAAUGGAACCUAUUCGGGAGCAUCCUUUGCUAGGAAAAUUACCGAAAGUCAUUAUGCCGAUGUUUUGGGCCGAAGAAGGCGCCUCGCUGAAUAAGACAUGGACUAAUCAGCUCAAGUACACAUUGUUUCUUGUCCUCAACAUAAACAGUACCAUAAAAUGGUUAUCCAUCGUCAUCGGAACUAUUGGAACCGUGGGUGCCGGGUUCAUGUACUACCAACAAAGUACAAAAUCGGUGAACGUAACACCCAUUGAAAUGGGGAAUGGUGUAGACGGUGGUAGCAGCACUAAAAGGAAGAAUGGUAGUGGUUUGGUUUCGGUAGCUCAUCAGGGUGACGACGUUAAAAGUGCCGCCGUCACAAAACCGGUAAUUCCGACCGCCAGGGAUUUGAUCAGCCAAAACAAAGCAAAGAACAUGACAACCGUUAUCGACGUGAUGGACAAACAGCAGAAGAUUGCGCCAGAGAUGGAACAGGACCGGUACUAAAAUUAUUUAAGGUCUGACUAAUGAGAAUAAUGCUUUAAAUAUUACAUUGAUUCGGGCAAAAAUGUGUCAAAUAAUUAUGUAAUUAUGAUGAGAAAAUUAUGUUGAGCUUUCAGUGGAAUGUGCUUACUUGUCAUAAGAAGAGUUCAUACUAUCCCAUUUAAUUCCACCACUUGACUGUAACUUUAACAGAUAUGUAUUUCGACCUCAACAGUAAGACCGUCUUCAGUGUCUCCUACACGACUCGACUUGCCAAGUACGAGAAACUGAAGACGGGCUCACUGUUGAGGUAGAAAUACGGUUCGUUAAAGUUACAAUCAAGUGGUAGAAUUAGAUGCGAUAGUACGAACUCGUUUUAAAACAGGUAGGGGAAAUGACGGCUUUGGCAGGUUUUGUUCUAUUAUUGUCAGGGUGGUU